UCUUGGGACUCCUGUGGCGCAAACAGAAUUCAAAACCAGAAAAAUCUCAUCUUCACCAACCAGAGACUCUGCAUUUCUCUAUUAAUGGUUUCCUGUGUGCUUCCCAUAUCAAAUGAGCUUGCUGUCGGUAAUAUUGUGAGGCGUGUUUUGCACAUUAUUAGGGAGGAGGAUCUAUCUCUCACAACGGCUGCUAUUGCUGGUUUGGGCGUAUCCGCUGUUAGUGAUGAUGAUGAUGAUGCUGAGCACAAUGAUCAUCCAGUUCUAUCAGCUGCUUCUCUUGCUGCUGCUGCAAGAAGCACUUUGUGUCCACCUUCCUUGCAGACCCUUCUUGAGGAUGUGCCUGACUCAGCAGCUAUUCCUCACACUUCUUCCUCUGGGGGUGAUUCUGAUGGAAAAAGCAGAUGUGAGCUCAGCAGUUUUUAUUUUAUUCAGUUAUAA